UUCGUUAAACGAUAUCGUUCAGAUUACACUUCGCUUCCCUUCCUCGCAUUAUCUAGGGUUUUAGACUUUGAGCUUCGCACUUUCUUUCUCUUCUCUAAGCCAAAACAUGGAAGAGUCCGGCGCCCCCGCCCUUACCCUGAACCCGGCAUCAUGUUGGAGCAACGUACUAAAGAGCCAACCACCAAAGCCCCAAGCUCAAAACCAAACCACGGCGACAAGCCAACUCUUCGUCGAAAGCUGCAAAUCCACGAAGGGAAUAGCGGUGGCCGUAGUGGAUGCCAACGCCGUCAUCGAAGGUGGAGAGAAGCUCAACAACUCCGCUGACAAGUUCGUUACCGUCCCCGAAGUCCUUGCGGAAAUUCGCGACCCUGUUUCUCGCCACCGCUUAGCCUUUAUGCCUGUAUCCAUCGAUUCCAUGGAGCCCUCUCCCGAUGCCCUCAAUAAAGUUAUCAAAUUUGCGAGGGCAACUGGUGAUUUGCAGACUCUUUCGGAUGUUGAUCUCAAACUGAUUGCCCUGACAUAUACAUUGGAAUCUCAGAUUCAUGGAACAAAUCAUCUUAGGGAUGCUCCUCCCCCUGUUCAUGUUGUUAAUGUAAAAAGGCUGCCUGAAAGGGACUUGCCUGGAUGGGGCUCUAAUGUUCCUAAUUUGGAAGAGUGGGAAGCACUCGAACGGGAAGCUGAAGAUGGAUUGAACUCUAACUCAAGAAUCCUUCCCUUGAAAGACUUGAAUAUGAACAUUGUCGCUUCAGAUAACCGUUCUGAAGAUGGGUUGGUGGAAACAAAGGGUGAAACGCAUUCUGAGAAUCAAGAGGACGAUGAACAGGGUUUUAGGAGGCCUAGGCGAUAUUUACCCCAGAAAAAAGAGGUAAAAAUCGAAGGGAAAAAGAUGGUGGCUGAUGGGAUUGAUGCAUCUCAGGGACAGUUUGAUGAUAACGGUGAUGAUUGGCAACCUGCUGUAAGUCGAAGUACUCAUAGGAGAUAUCUUAGGAGGAAAGCUAAGCGGGAAUACUAUGAGGCAUUACUGGAGAAAGAUUGUCAAGAAGAUAUUGGUAAAAGCAUGGAUCAGAACAAUGUUGAAGACUCAAGUGGCCCUGAUCAGCUGUUGCAACAAAGUGCUGAAGAAGCUAAUUCUGGAAAUGGGAUUUCUGAGGAGGCUGAGCGGGCAGAGGAUGAGAAGGGUGAUGGAGAUCUUUCUUCAAUCCUAAAACAAAUGAGGCUGGAAGAAGAUUCAGUGAGGACGCUUCGAGAAGCAAAAGAAGCAGAGACCACAGUGGAGGAAGCUGUGUCAGAUGACAAUCUGAAUCUUGCUGUUGAAGGAGAUAAGGUGGACCUGGUCCAUGAAGAAUUACACCAGUUGGAGAUGUCAAGUCAGACCAAUGAAACUGUUGAUGCCUCAUAUGCAGAUGAUGUUAGCAGCGAGCAGAGCUGGAUGCUGAGAUCCUUAUCUGAGUCCAGUGUAGCUUGUGUAACUGGGGACUUCGCUAUGCAAAAUGUUCUUCUGCAGAUGGGUUUACGAUUACUAGCACCUGGUGGAAUGCAAAUUCGGCAGCUGCACAGAUGGAUACUGAAGUGUCAUGCCUGCUAUACUGUGACUGCUGAAAUCGGAAGAAUUUUCUGUCCCAAGUGUGGAAAUGGAGGGACUUUACGUAAGGUAGCUGUUACUGUUGGUGAGAAUGGAAUUGUUUUGGCAUCCCAUCGGCCAAGAAUUACUUUGCGUGGUACAAAGUUUUCACUGCCUUUACCCCAAGGUGGAAGGGAUGCCAUAACCAAGAACCUCAUUUUGCGUGAAGAUCAGCUACCCCAAAAGUUCCUUUACCCUAAAACAAAGAAGAAAGUAAAUAAACAGGGGGAUAAUGAUUUCUUCAUGGCUGGGAACGCCUUCACUCACCAUACUGAUAAGAGAGCACCUCUUCAGCCGCCUGUCAGAAAAGCAUUAGCGGUAUUUAGUGGAAAAAGGAAUCCAAAUGACAACCAUUACUCCCGAUCAAAGCAUAAAAGCAAUUGAGGAAAAAGAACUACGGUAUGCCACCGUUUCUACAGUGCAUGUUUUGGAGUGGCUGGAAUAAUGCAUGGUUUCCCUCUGUUUCUUUUUCGCUGAGUUGGCACAUAUCUCCUUUGGAUAUCUUUGAAUAGGACAUUUCUCUUUUAUUGUCAUGUUGGCAAAUAGCAAGGGCAACAAUUAGUCUUUUUUGUGUUCUUUAGUAGUUCUCUGUUCUCAGAAUCUCUGUUCGGUUUGUGUUCUAAAGCACCAUUUAAGGAAGCGCGGGCGACAGGUUAUUUGUCAUUGUUCUUUAAUUAAAUCCUUUGGAAUUCAUCUCCAUGAAUUAGGAAUUAGUAAAAGUGUUACCCAAAUAGCUUGAUUUAUGAAACUUCAAAGUUAUUUUAUUAUGUAACUUUGUAAAAUUCUAGAUUGGAAAUGUAUCCAAGCAGGUUAAAAUUUGCAGCCACUUGCCUGAU